CAGACCGCAGGUUCUGGACGACAGUGGACCGCCAUGCUACCUGCUGCGAUACUGAUCAUCAUCUGCUCCACUGCAGAUCUGUCUGAGGUCAGACUGGUGGACAGUGAUGGUCUCUGCUCGGGGAUACCUGAAGAUCUUCAUGAAAGAAAAUGGUUCAAACUGAGCAGUAACCACAUUGAAUACAGGGCUGUUGGGUUGCUGUGCAGAGAGCUUAACUGUGGAGACGUAAUCAGCGCCACAUUUAGAAGCAAUUUCAGAGACAAGCAUGGCGAUCAACCUGUAAUUGACCUGGACUGUGAGGGCAGCAAGUCAGCUUUUUCAGAGUGCAAAAAAUACAGCUCAUUCAUCCAUCCCGAUUAUCUCAACAUCAGCGUUAUGGUCAGCUGCUCAGACUCUGUGAGGCUCGUGGAUGGGGCUGGACGCUGCUCUGGGAGAGUGGAGGUGAAGUCCCAUCAGUCCUGGACCUCAGUAUGUGAGGCUGACUUUGACCGGCAGGAUGCAGAGGUAGUCUGUAGGGAGCUGGACUGUGGGACUCCACUGACUCUACAGGGGGCGCUCUAUGGAGAAGGGAAACAUCCUUUUGGGACCAAUCAGUUUCAAUGUAAAGGCUCAGAGAACCGUCUCCUCACCUGUAGCACCUCAGACAAAGAGGAGUACACCUGCACAUCUGGCAGUGCUGUGGAACUCACCUGCUCAGGACCUGACGAUGUGAGACUGGUGGGUGGGAGCGGUCGCUGUGCUGGGACGCUGGAGAUGUUUCAUGGUGGAGAAUGGAGGGGAGUGACUGCAGACAGAUGGUCCAUGAAAGAGGCUGCUGUGGUGUGCAGACAGCUGGGCUGUGGUUCUGCUGUUAAAUCUCCAAUGAGUGUAUCUGGAGGAGACGAGACCGGAUGGGGUUUCCAUAUUGCAUGUUUUGGAUCUGAGUCUGCAGUGAAAGAAUGCACAAUGUUGUACAGCUCGAAGAUCAGAUAUCCUGUUGGAGUCGUCUGUUCAGACUCUGUGAGGCUCAUGGAUGGGGCUGGACUCUGCUCUGGGAGACUGGAGGUGAAGUCCCAUCAGUCCUGGACCUCAGUAUGUGAGGCUGACUUUGAUCAGAAGGAUGCAGAGGUAGUCUGUAGGGAGUUGAGCUGUGGGACUCCACAAAUUCUACAGGAGCCUCUAUUUGGAGAAGGGGAACAUCCAUUCGGAACCAAAGAGUUCCAAUGUAAUGACACAGAGAACCGUCUCCUCACCUGUAGCACGCCAGACAGAGAGGAGCAGAACUGCGCACCUGGCAAAGCUGUGCGUCUCACCUGUUCAGAACCUGAUGGCAUGAGACUGGUGGAAGGGAACAGUCGCUGUGCUGGGACAGUGGAGAUGUUUUAUAAUGGACAGUGGAGAAAAGUGGUAGCAGAUGUCUGGAACAUAGAAAUGGCUGCUUCAGUAUGUAAAAAGCUAGACUGUGGCUCUGCUCUGGCAGCUACAAAGACAAAGACUGGUAGAGAUGAACCUGAAGUGGGUGUCCUGAUAUCCUGCAGUAGGACAAACGCAAUCAAAUGCCAUCCUAUAAGAAUCCGGCAGAUCGACCGUCUUGCUGGAGUGAUAUGUUCAGAGUUCCUGGCACAGCCCACCAUCUCCGUUUCUACUCCCAUAAGAGUGUCUAGGAGCCUCCAAGGGCCAGAGGUAUUCAGGGGCUACAGCUUCACCAUCACCUGCUCCACUCAGCCGCAGUACCCAGGUGGAUCCUUCCACCUCAGAUUGCCCUGGAACAACAGAAGUGACUCCCAGGCAGCUGUCAGUCACUCAGCCUCCUUCCUCUUUCCUACUGCCAAUGAUUCCCACCAGGGGAACUACAGCUGUGUGUAUGAGAACCAAGUGAUCUUUCAGAAUGAUGUGUUUCAAAAGGAGAAUCAAAGCCGUUUUCAUCGCUGGUCUCCUGGGCCUUUCAAUUAUAAUUUCUCCUCUGAGAGUGAGCCUCAUUCCCUUAUAGUCACAGAUUUUUCAUGGACUCCGUUCAUCACCAGAAUGCUGCUCGUUCCAUUUCUGAUGCUGAUAACCUGCUCCUUCAUCUUUCUCAUCUUCAACAAGUGUGGACAUUUCUUCAUUAGAGGUGCAGGCCAGGAAAGAGCAGCAGCGGCAGUCCCAAAAGAGAGCAUCCAGCUGAUCUCCCUCUGGAUCAUGGACUUCCUCGCCUGCAGACCUGGAUGGGUCAGGAUGGGUGACCAGACCUCUCCCCACCUCACACUUAGCACAGAAUGGCAACAAGCCUGCAUCCUUUCAUCUAUGCUCUACACACUGUCCACUUGCAACUGCAUCACAAAACACAGCUCCAACACCAUCAUCAAGUUUGCCGACAACACAACAAUAAUCGGCAGCAUCAGCAACAAUGAUCCAUGUGUCUUUCAGGGCUGCGUCCUUCGGAGGUUGCAUUUGAAGGCCGAUUGCAUCACAGAGAUCUGUCUGAGGUCAGACUGGUGGACGGUGAUGGUCUCUGCUCGGGGAUACCUGAAGUCCUUCAUGAAGGAAAAUGACUCUGUGAGGCUCGUGGAUGGGGCUGGGUGCUGCUCUGGGAGAGUGGAGGUGAAGUCCCAUCAGUCCUGGACCUCAGUAUGUGAGGCUGACUUUGACUGGCAGGAUGCAGAGGUAGUCUGUAGGGAGCUGGACUGUGGGACUCCACUGACUCUACAGGGGGCGCUCUCUGGAGAUGGGAAACAUCCAUUUGGGACCAAUCAGUUUCAAUGUAAAGGCUCAGAGAACCGUCUCCUCACCUGUAGCACCUCAGACAAAGAGGAGUACACCUGCACAUCUGGCAGUGCUGUGGAACUCACCUGCUCAGGACCUGACCACGUGAGACUGGUGGGCGGGAGCGGUCGCUGUGCUGGGAUGCUGGAGAUGUUUCAUAGUGGAGAAUGGAGGGGAGUGACUGCAGACAGAUGGUCCAUGAGAGACGCUGCUGUGGUGUGCAGACAGCUGGGCUGUGGUUCUGCUGUUAAAUCUCCAAUGAUUGUAUCUGGAGGAGAUGAGACCGGAUGGGACACUGUGAGGCUCGUGAAUGGGGCUGGACUCUGCUCUGGGAGACUGGAGGUGAAGUCCCAUCAGUCCUGGACCUCAGUAUGUGAGGCUGACUUUGACUGGCAGGAUGCAAAGGGAGUCUGUAGGGAGUUGAGCUGUGGGACUCCACAAAUUCUACAGGAGCCUCUAGAAGGGGAAGAAGGGGAACAUCCAUUCGGAACCAAAGAGUUCCAAUGUAAUGAAACAGAGAACAGUCUCCUCACCUGUAGCACGCCAGACAGAGAGGAGCAGAACUGCACACUUGGCAAAGCUGUGCGUCUCACCUGUUCAGAACCUGAUGGCAUGAGACUGGUGGAAGGGAACAGUCGCUGUGCUGGGACAGUGGAGAUGUUUUAUAAUGGACAGUGGAGAAAAGUGGUAGCAGAUGUCUGGAACAUAGAAAUGGCUGCUUCGGUAUGUAAAAAGCUAGACUGUGGCUCUGCUCUGGCAGCUACAAAGACAAAGACUGGUAGAGAUGAACCUGAAGUGGGUGUCCUGAUGUUCUGCAGAAGGACAAAUGCAGUCAAAUGCCAUCCUAUAAGAAUCCGGCAGAUUGACCGUCUUGCUGGAGUGAUCUGUUCAGAGUUCCUGGCACAACCCACCAUCUCUGUUUCUACUCCCAUAAGAGUGUCUAGGAGCCUCCAGGGGCCAGAGGUAUUCAGGGGCUACAGCUUCACCAUCACCUGCUCCACUCAGCCGCAGCACCCAGGAGGCUCCUUCCACCUCAAAUUGCCCUGGAACAACAGAAGUGACUCCCAGGCAGCUGUCAGUCACUCAGCCUCCUUCCUCUUUCCUACUGCCAAAGAUUCCCACCAGGGGAACUACAGCUGUAUCUAUGAGAACCAACAUGCCAGCUCCUGGUUUGCUGCACACCUUGCAGCCAUCACCACAACAUUACUGCCAGGAAAGGGCAGGAAAAGAGAGCAUCCAGCUUGUCACCCUGUAGCCCAGUGUGGAAUAGCAGCAGAAAGUGGAGCGGGAAGCUGCUCAAAGGAGGAAGAGGAGGAGCAGGGUGGGAAUUAG